AUGCUUCACCCGCGUGCGUAUUUGUUGAACCCCGUCUUGAUUUUGCUCCUCGGAUCGUUCAGUAUGCUCUGUGCUCGCUGGGAGAAUAUUUUCCGAAUGAUUGACAACAGAACCUAUGUUUUCGAACAUUUAAAUAUCAUUGCGAUAGACACUUCUUCGAAUGCGAAAGUAAAGUCAAACAGGUCUGCUGAUACUGAUCGCGUCUUGGGUGUUGAUGACGCCAUUCGCCCCCAUAUUACGGAUUCCGAUAAAAUAUGA